CCCGAUUGUCAAUUCAAUCCCACCAUGACAAAAGUUCUCAUUCUCGGAGCCACAGGCUACCUAGGCAAUAAUCUAGCCAAUAUCCUAGUUCGCAACGGUCAACACACCGUCUACGGCGUUGCUCGCACACCAACCAAAGCAAAGCAACUAGCAGCCCAGGAGAUCAUCCCAGUCUUAUGUCCUGACCCUAUCAACGAACCAUCUGCCUACCUCUCUCUCAUCCGCUCCGCCCACAUCGACAUCGUCGUAGACGUCGCCGGCGCCAAUGACGGAACAUACAAGAUCCUCGAAGACAUCAAAUCCAUCAGCCAGGAGCGUCUCGACAACUACACCAAAACUGGAAUCAAAGGUCCUAAACUGGGCUUCAUCUACUGCUCCGGUUCCUGGGUUCAUGGAUCGACCGAGAAGAGAAUUAAUGACCUAGACCUCGUCGGGCCAGAAGCCAUCACACCUCCAGCUCCUCUCGUCGCUUGGCGCGUAGCACUUGAGAAUUCCAUCCUCAACUCAUCUAACAUCCUAGACGUGAUGAUCCUUCGUCCAGCUCUACUUUACGGCCGUGAACAUACCAUCUGGACACCUUACAUCGCUCCGCUGUACGAAGCUGCACGGAAUCAGAAUCAAAAUUCAAGCUCCGAAACGAUCCACAUCCCACUCGAUCCAACAUCCAAACCAGCCUUGGUCCAUGUGGAUGACGCCGCAGUGGGGUUUGAACGCGCGAUAGAGAAAUUACCCUUGCUUUCCGGAACGGGCGUGUAUCCUGUUUUCGACCUCGUGACCAGUCAGGAAAGUAUGAAGGAUAUCUUCGAUGCGUUGGCUCAGUAUUUCGGGUUCGAGGGGAGGGUGGAAUUGGUUGGGCAUGGUGGAGAUUUGUUUAAUGAGGCUAUGAGUACGACUUUUAGGGGAUCUUCGAUCCGCGCGAGGCAGGUCUUGGGAUGGGAGCCGAAGAGAGGUGGGUUUUUUGUGAGGGAUAUGGAUGUUUAUGCGGCUGCUUUUGCGGCGAGUAGAUGAUGGGAAAAUGGAUCUUUUGUCUUGUUCUUUUCAAUGGUGGAUGAAGAGGCCGGGAUGGAGGACUAGCUGCAUGAUGAAAGGUAUCUUCUAGUUUACCUUGUGUUUUCAACAAUUAUUCAACAUCAAUUAUUAUGG